UCUCUCAUUGUCCUUUGUGCAGAUUACUUGUGUGACCCAGAUGCCAAUAUCUUCAGUAUAGACUUCACAAGGUUCAAGAUCAGAGAUAUGGAGACGGGGACAAUUUUAUUUGAGAUCGCCAAGCCACCACCAUCAGAGAAUGAUGACGAUGUGGAAUCAGAACCGGAGGACGUCGAUCCCAACGCAGGAAGAUUUGUCCGCUAUCAGUUCACACCACAGUUUCUCAAGCUGAAGACGAUCGGCGCAACGGUAGAGUUUGUGGUCGGUGACAAACCAAUCAGUAACUUCAGGAUGAUCGAGAGGCAUUACUUCAGAGAUAGAUUGCUCAAGAGCUUUGACUUUAACUUCGGUUUCAUCAUCCCCGACAGCAAGAACACCUGUGAACAUAUAUAUGAGUUUCCUCAGCUAUCGACGGACGAAAUUCAUGAAAUGGUGGAUAAUCCAUUCGAGACCAAGUCCGACAGCUUCUACUUCGUCGACAACAGGCUGAUCAUGCACAACAAGGCCGACUAUGCCUACAACGGCGGCAUCGGGGCAAUGUGAUCCUACAUGUACACCAGUCUUUUUACCUUGUGUGUUCAUCAUCCCUUCUCAUGUGUGAAUAGCUGUACAGACGAUCAUAGGAGCCAGGUGAAAAUAGGGUCACCAGUCUAUGUCACCAUCAAUCACUACACAUUUGAAAUUGUUACCAGUCUACCAAUCUCCAUGGCAAAAUGUUCUCUUUUCUCAUGUGUGAAUAGCUGUACAGACGAUCAUAGGAGCCAGGUGAAAAUAGGGUCACCAGUCUAUGUCACAAUCAAUCAAUACACAGUUGAAUUUGUUACCAAUCUACCAGUCUUCAUAAUAGUUGUUCUUGCUUCUCAUGUGUGAAUAGCUGUACACAUGAACAUAAGAGCUAUAUGAAGAAUUGGUCACCAGUCUCUUCACAGUUGAAAUGAAAUUAGGUACCAGAUUUUCCUUACAUACAAUGUGUAUCUAAUAUGUAUUUUGUAUAUAAGAUUAUGAAGAAAAUCAAUGAAAUUAUAUAUUACCUUAAAAUUCACUGUAUUCACCCCCCUCCCACCAGAAAAAGCAAACGUACCUCAUCUUGGAAAGCGAGAAGAGAUUUACAUCCCUCUAAAUCACCUUAUCAAUAUCCAGUAACAGUAUAAGCCCACUCUGAGACAUGAUUAUAGACCAGUCUGUAUUAAGGCUUACAUUGGACUUUGUAUAGUGUUGUAGAUAAAUAAGGUUGCUCUAUUUGAUCUCAAAUGAUAUACAUUUUUCCUGGCAAAGAAAAUUUUCAGAGACCGAUUUUGAAAGUGAUAAUUCCAGUUGUGAUAUUUUGUUCUGCGGCACAUGAAUGGUUAAUGUUUCUCCUCCUUUAGCCCCGUUUUUUGCUUGAUUACAUUCCAUGUACUGACUGUAUUUAACUUUUGCUAGGAGCAUUGGAAAAAUGUCCUGUGGUCAUUUUCCUCAGUACAUAGCGUUUUGUUCUUGGUGGAUUUAUGAUGGGAUAGACUGAUUGGACAGUACACCAGUCUCUCAACAAGAUAUUUAUCAUUUCUCAUGCGUGUAUAACCAUCAAUUCAGGCAGGGAGGCUUCUGAGAAGACAUUGCCUACCAGUCUUCAGAAUGGUGUUAUGACAUGUUUCUUUGAACAGUACAAGCAUAGUGCUGAACAGCUUCUAGACGUAAAACACGCACACACCAACUUCAUUGUCCAUGGGUUUUAAUUAUCAACAUCUAAUUGCAGAAUUUGGGAAAAGGCGUUGUUCUUAAUUUACCUCAUGAUUUGCUCAAAUCUUGAAUUUCCUGCUGUGUUUCUUCAAGGGUAAAAAAAAAAAGAAAACUGAAAAGAAAAAUCAUUCUUAGACUGAGGUGAGCAAGAAAUUGUGUCCUGUAUUUUCAUCAUGGCUCCAUCGUUGAUCAUCAAAAGAAUAGAACAGAAUAUAUUUUCAUGAUUGUAAUGUACUAUUGACAGGUAGAUAGAAUGGAGGAUUAUGGGAAGGUUAGUUUUACAGUACUGUUUUGAUAGACAAAUCGUCCAUAGUUUCUCUCUCUUUAACCAGUAUUUGUUAUUUUCACAGGUUUGUAGUAUUUUUUUUAAAUUAAAGAAUUGGACAUAAUUGAUUUUGGAAGUGUGUAUAAAAUUUGCUUUUUUUCCCCCGUCUCUCCUGGAAAUUGACUGAUAUUCUUUUGUAAAUACAGAUAUUAUCGUAGGAGGAAGGGAGAUUUACUUAGUAGGUUUGUUUUAAUAGCUGAGUUAUAUCUAUUUAGAGAAUUGUUUUUAUUCCAACGUAAUUUCAUCGUAAUCAUUCCUAAAUGACCAAGGGGUACUAUUAUUCUAUGAGCUCGACCAAUUAUAUGCAUGAUGGGGCUUUUCGAAUUUCUUCCCUGAAACAGAAAAACAAAACUUAUCAACACACUUUACUGCCAAGUUAGUUACUGGGUAUUACAAAAAUAAAUAUUGAACUACAUAUCAAGUCAAAUCUACUUUAAGAUGCUUUUCUAUUAGAUACAUGGAUGACUGUUUAUUUCAUAUUGAUUGCACCUUCAAUGAAUUUCAUUGUUUACGCCACCCUAUCUGCCAAAUAAACUACCGGUAUAGGAGAAGGAAUGUGAUCAUACCUUUUAAAACUGUAUUUAAAAAAAUGAAAAGGUAUGAUCAUCUGAUCUUUUCAAUUGAAUGUGUACAUAGGAGAUUAUACAUAUGAUUCAUUUUUUAUCACCUAUUUAAAGACACCAUUACAUGUUUCAUUAGACGUGUUAUGUGUAAUCUUGUGUGCGAAGAUGAUUGCAACAUGCGUAUGGUGUAGGUGAGAUGUAGUCUAGUUUUCUUCUGUGUGUGGUGCAUCUUUAAACGGCCUUGUUUCUCUCUUUAGAUUGUAUUUUUGUGCAUUUAUGGCACACAUUGGAGUGAAAUCAUUUACAUUUCAAUUUAGAAUGGAGAUCGCGACAAGUUUUUGUAGUGCAGGGAUCCUUAUAGGAGAAUAUUCACUGCCCCUUAUCUAAUAUCGGAUUAUGUCUAGGAAAGGCACAAGAAAAACAUGCCACAAUUUUCUAUUUUUCAAGGUUUAAGAAAAAAACUUUUGAGGAAAUAUUUGAAAGACCGGUUCACAUAAUAUGUAAUCAAAGUUAUGGGUUUUUCUAUAUAAAGACCCGUCAUGAAAUAUUGCAGUUAUCUGUUACAAUUUAUAAAACUGCAAGUUGCAUACACUAGCCUUUGCUGUGUCGGGCAAGCUUCUGGCAAACUUUAGGGUCGCCAGUAGUAAUAUUUAUAGUAGAGGUAUCUAUAGAUUUUCAAUACAAAUGUGAUUUUGACAAUUGUUCAAUAUUUCAACAACAAAAA